GGAAGAAGCCGGGGCACAAGGCACAUAUAGGGCUAGGAAUGGGGGUGUCGCCGCCGCCCAGUCAGCUCCGUGUCCACCGAUCCUCCGCCGGUGCCGCGCUGUCGUUGCGGCGCCCCUGUCCAGCCCUCUGUCCGUGCGGUCCCCAGAACCGGCCGGCGGGGCCCGGAGGCAGGGCCACGUCCCCGCCAUGCCGGCCCGGUGGUUGUUGCUCCUACUGUCGCUGCUGCUAUCGUCGCCCGGCCCCGGGAGUUUUGGAAGAGCCAGCACAGUAACACUGCCUGAAACCUUGUUGUUUGUUUCAACCCUGGAUGGAAGUUUGCAUGCUGUCAGCAAGAGGACAGGCUCCAUCAAGUGGACUUUAAAAGAAGAUCCAGUCCUGCAGGUCCCAACACACGUGGAAGAGCCUGCUUUCCUCCCAGAUCCCAAUGAUGGCAGUCUGUACACGCUUGGAGGCAAGAAUAAUGAAGGCCUGACGAAACUUCCCUUUACUAUCCCAGAAUUGGUUCAGGCAUCCCCAUGCCGAAGUUCAGAUGGGAUCCUCUACAUGGGUAAAAAGCAAGACAUUUGGUAUGUUAUCGACCUCCUGACUGGCGAAAAGCAGCAGACUUUGUCAUCAGCCUUUGCUGAUAGUCUCUGCCCGUCAACUUCCCUUCUAUAUCUUGGACGGACAGAAUACACCAUCACCAUGUAUGACACCAAGACCCGGGAGCUCCGCUGGAAUGCCACCUAUUUUGACUAUGCAGCCUCACUGCCUGAGGAUGACGUGGACUACAAGAUGUCCCACUUUGUGUCCAAUGGCGAUGGACUGGUGGUAACUGUGGACAGUGAAUCCGGGGAUGUCUUGUGGAUCCAAAACUAUGCCUCUCCUGUGGUGGCCUUCUACGUCUGGCAGCGGGAGGGCCUGAGAAAGGUGGUGCACAUCAACGUUGCUGUGGAGACUCUUCGCUACUUGACCUUCAUGUCUGGGGAAGUGGGGCGCAUCACCAAGUGGAAGUAUCCAUUCCCCAAGGAGACGGAGGCCAAGAGCAAGCUGACGCCUACUCUGUACGUUGGGAAGUAUUCCACCAGCCUCUAUGCCUCUCCCUCAAUGGUGCAUGAGGGGGUUGCUGUCGUGCCUCGAGGCAGCACUCUUCCUUUGCUGGAAGGUCCCCAGACAGAUGGUGUCACCAUUGGAGACAAAGGAGAGUGUGUGAUCACUCCCAGCACAGACCUCAAGUUUGAUCCUGGACUCAAAGGGAAGAGCAAGCUGAAUUACUUGAGGAAUUACUGGCUUCUCAUAGGACACCAUGAAACGCCUCUGUCUGCAUCCACCAAGAUGCUGGAGAGAUUUCCUAACAACCUGCCCAAACAUCGAGAAAAUGUGAUUCCUGCUGACUCGGAAAAAAGGAGCUUUGAAGAAGUUAUCAACCUAGUUGACCAGACAUCAGACAACACACCAACCACCGUAUCUCAGGAUGUGGAAGAGAAGCUGCCCCGUGCCCCUGCCAAGCCGGAGGCCCCCAUGGACUCCAUGCUCAAGGACAUGGCUACUAUCAUCCUGAGCAUCUUCCUGCUGCUUGGGUGGGUGGCAUUCAUCAUCACUUACCCCCUGAGCAUGCAUCAGCAGCGCCAGCUCCAGCGCCAACAGUUCCAGAAGGAACUAGAGAAAAUUCAGCUCCUGCAGCAGCAGGAGCUGCCCUUGCACCCACACGGAGACCUUACCCAGGACCCUGAGUUCCUGGAUUCAUCUGGCCUCUUCUCAGAGAGCUCAGACACCAGCAGCCCCAGCCCAUCCCCCAGAGCCUCCAACCACUCCCUCCACUCCAGCAGCUCUGCCUCCAAGGCCGGCACCAGCCCCUCCCUGGAGCAGGAAGAUGAGGAUGAGGAAACCAGAAUGGUGAUUGUUGGGAAAAUUUCAUUCUGCCCCAAGGAUGUCCUGGGCCAUGGAGCUGAGGGCACAAUUGUAUACAAAGGGAUGUUUGACAACCGUGAUGUGGCUGUGAAGAGGAUCCUCCCUGAGUGUUUUAGCUUUGCCGACCGUGAGGUCCAACUGCUUCGAGAAUCGGAUGAGCACCCCAAUGUGAUCCGCUACUUUUGCACAGAGAAGGACCGGCAGUUCCAGUACAUCGCCAUCGAGCUGUGUGCGGCUACUCUGCAAGAGUAUGUGGAGCAGAAGGACUUCGCCCACCUUGGCCUAGAGCCUAUCACCUUGCUUCAUCAGACCACCUCAGGCCUGGCACACCUGCAUUCUCUCAACAUUGUUCACAGAGACCUGAAGCCCCACAACAUUCUCCUCUCCAUGCCCAAUGCACAUGGCAGGAUAAAGGCGAUGAUCUCUGACUUCGGCCUCUGCAAGAAGCUGGCAGUGGGCAGGCACAGCUUCAGCCGUCACUCAGGGGUGCCUGGCACUGAGGGUUGGAUAGCCCCAGAGAUGCUGAGUGAAGACUGUAAGGAGAACCCUACCUACACAGUGGACAUCUUCUCUGCAGGCUGUGUGUUUUACUAUGUCAUCUCUGAGGGCAACCAUCCUUUUGGCAAAUCCUUACAGCGGCAGGCCAACAUCCUACUGGGUGCCUGCAACCUUGACUGCUUCCACUCAGACAAGCACGAGGACGUCAUUGCUCGGGAACUGAUAGAGAAGAUGAUCGCCAUGGACCCUCAGCAGCGACCCUCUGCAAAGCAUGUGCUGAAACACCCAUUCUUCUGGAGCCUGGAAAAGCAGCUCCAGUUUUUCCAGGAUGUGAGUGACCGAAUAGAAAAGGAGGCUUUGGACGGCCCGAUCGUACGGCAGUUGGAGAGAGGCGGGAGAGCAGUGGUCAAGAUGGACUGGAGGGAGAACAUCACUGUCCCCCUGCAGACAGAUCUGCGCAAAUUCAGAACCUACAAAGGUGGCUCUGUCAGAGAUCUCCUCCGAGCCAUGAGAAAUAAGAAACACCACUACCGGGAGCUCCCUGCGGAGGUUCAGGAGACGCUGGGCUCCAUCCCGGAUGACUUUGUGCGCUACUUCACGUCCCGCUUCCCCCGCCUCCUCUCCCACACCUACCAAGCCAUGGAGCUGUGCAGACAUGAGAGACUCUUCCAGACCUACUACUGGCAUGAGCCCACAGAGCCCCAGCCUCCAGUGAUCCCAGAUGCCCUCUGAACUAGGGCAGCCCGCUUGGUCUGAUGGCCCCAACAAUGACCAUGGGCCUGAUCUCUGCAGUCAUAGUUUGUUGCCUCUGGGAUUAGCAGGAAGACUAAGCUUCUCAAAUCAAGUGCCUUGAGCUGCUGAGCUGCAGCCAGAAGAGGGUAAUGCUGAUCCUUGGAAGCAGGAGAAGAUGGAUGGUCCCCCGUGACUACAGAGACCUGAGGAGAUGUGGCCCUGCAACCUUGCAGUGAGGGAUGUCUACGAAGGCGGGCCUGUCCCAGAGGCUCAACCUUUCACUGGAUGAGCUUGUUUUCCUUUCACUGGACAAACUCACUUGCAUUUUUAUUUCUUUCUAAAAUUCCUGUGGGAUAGCAUUUGGGAGAGAGUAGAAGAAUCCUGUUUUGCCUGCAUGCUGGAAGCAUCCUGGUUGGGGUACCGCAAGUGUGGCCUCUGAUAGAAAUGGGUUGAGAGAUGUGGGGUGCUAAGGAAGAGAUGUUCAGAGGCGUUGCCAUGGGGAUAGGAGGCACCUCCAACACAGGUUACUGAUAGCCUAUGCUGCCUCGUGCAGCAAGUUGUGAGAGUGGGUCAUGGAACCUGACGUGUCUGUGCAUCUGGAAGAUGAACCAGACACUCAGUUCUGGAUGUGGUGCCGGCCCAGCACAAGUGGCCUAAACAGUGGCCCCUGGUAGGUUGAAUCCUGGCCAUGUGGGCCAGACAUGAAGAAUUUCCUGGUCACCAGGAGGUAGCUAAGACCAGACAGGGACAGAGACAGAUUGUCAGGGCCAGAGAGGGACAACUAGAGAGAGCCUCCCAGUCACUCAGAGAAGCUCAGAACCAGAAGGUGAAUGUUAGGAUCCCUCUACCCCAGAGGCCAGCAGAUUAGCACAUAGAUUAUGAGUCAGUGCCCUGGGGGCAGAGAGCCGAGGGCAGGCCACCACAGGCCUUUUAGGCCAGCUUUUAUGUUUCUCCUGGCAGGUUUUAAUAAGUGAAUUUUGAUCAUAUUGCAGAAAGCUACAUUCUCAUAAGUAAACUAAAUGUAGCUUGAGGCUUGUAAAGAAGAAAUGUAAGAUAUAAUAUCUUCUGUUUUAUGUGGUACCAAAAAUCACCAUUCCCUCAAGAAUGUAGAGCAUUGUGUUGUGCUGAAGAGACAUUCUAGCCACACUGUGUAAAUGGGUUAAUGUCAAAGUAAGUACAUUAGGACCAUGUUUCUCUAAACUUAGUUUUUAAUUUUAGUUCCAGUCAGAAUUUAUUGUCUUCUCCCUCCCAGGAACCUUAGAGGUUAGAAUGCAUUCGGGGUCGUGGGGGAGAUUCUGUGUCGUGGUUCCUGUUGGAUAGUCUGGGGAGCUGAGGCUCCAUUUGUUCUAACAGUGGCCUCAGCAGCUUCACGCACUGCACUGACUGGAGUCACUGCCACUGCGUCCCCUGAGAGGUCGUCUGGGUGUGCUAGCUCCAGGGCCACUUACCCAGAGUUUCCUCUGCUGCUGUAAAAUUUGAUUUUCUUACUUUCAUGGUGGCCAAAGAGGACUUUUCCUUAACCCCUCCAUCUUUGGACCUCAUGGAUGACCUGGUUUGGACCCUGGGUCUAACCUCCACUCGGGUUAGGCUCCCCGCUCACUUCUUAGCACAGCACUUUGUCAGUGCCGGGAGGUAACAGCCGAGACCACUGUGAAGAGGCGAAGGCAGUGUGGCCGAGGACGAGGACUGCUGCUUGCCUUGUUCCUCACGGCCGAGCUUCCCACUGCGAAGAGCUGACGUUUUCUAAAGGCUCAGCUUGGAGUUACCUUCCAGUCCGCAUGGAGUCCGCGUUUCAAUGUCCUCACCAUUUAUCAGAUUAGUUUCUAACCAAUCAGAUUUCCAAAAGUCCUCUGUUCAUCAUACUUAUUUGAAAACUUUCUGCAGAACUAGGUGGGAUGUGAGACACUUGGGACCUAGAUGAAGAAUACAAGAAAGACUUCCGUGUUUGAAGCCUCAUGGGAGUCAGCAGCACACAAGUGUCAGGGCAGAAAGAAGAUUCCAGUGGUCAGGAAGGUGUAUGUUUGGGGCUUGCCCUGCUUGUGCCUUAAAACCGUCCCAUCUCGGAAGCAGUCAGGUCUGGUCUGCUCACUUUCUGUCUGUCCUCUAGGUGUAUCAUGAAAACACUGUGAGUCUGGGAUGCUCAGCUGGAGACACUGUCUUUAGGCUGGGGCAGCUCUGUAGUAUUACACAUCCCCAGAGGCUGCUAGGAUCCCCAGAAGAUGGCCAGUUUGCCUACAAGUAUAGCAUCUUCAGCUUUAGGGUGGAAUUGAGCUGUGUCUGUGAUGUUAUCUUUGUUUAAACCUUGUAUUGAACUUUCAGUUUAAGAAGUGUGCCAUUUCAUUAGGUACCAAAGCACUUGCACUUUUGGAAACAUAGGUGUCACUUGGUAAAUCACUAGGCCAUCUAGAGACUGAAGGUGAACCCCUGGUUGCAGAGGUAUCCUCUGCUCUUGACACAGCCAUAACUGCAGGCUCUUCCCAUGAUGCAAUACAGAGAGGAUGGAGGUCUGAGAUCACUGGAUAUGGCUGAGUGGUUUCCACUGACUUGAAGAUAGGCAUGGAAUUCUCCUCCGUCCACUUGACUUUGUGGAGGCUCUGUGGUCAUGUGACUGAGUUAACUGCAGCAGCUCCUUUUCCCAAAGUCAAAGGCUAACCCACUGCUAGUCAGCGAGCUGCUGCUGGGAGGGCUGCAGAGCCACCUCUGGCUGCAAGCUGUCUUGUGUUAGCCCCCGCUUCUCUGCAGGGCUUUGGUCCCACUCUCCAGCUGUGCCGGGGUUCUUUUGUCUGCUUCUGGGUCUGCUCUGUCUGUCGUUGUCUUCCUCACCGUGGUCCAGAGGUGUAGGAAGAGCCAGAAACGCAAGCAGUAGCUGCUCUGGAGAGUGACUCCUGCUCUGCUCAGUUUUCCAGCUGGCCUGUCCUUGCCCUCCCUCUGUCUGGAAGCCGUGGUGUCUGCCGCCUGGGCCUGACAUCAGCUUCACCCCCAGGUUAUGAGACCUCCAACUGAGGUCUGAAUUCUUUUAAGCCAAAGUGCCUGCUCCCCCUCCGCCCACCCCCAUUCUCAUGACGAACUAGUAAGUUUCUGUGUGUAAAUCUGGUUGCUUUCGGCACUUAGGUCUCUUCUGUACUUACUAGGAAGCCGCAGGCAUGUCUGCUGAGCCUUCCCUGGAGCGGCCUGUCCACACUGCUGGCCAGAGCCCUGGGGCCUCAUCUCCGUUCCCCAUGUGUUUGCUGGAUAUAGUAUUCCUUCCCAGUUGUCCCUAAAAUUGUGACGGGGGCGUCCCCACUCACCCAAGCAUUACCAGCCAGCUCUGUGGCAUCCCCACAAGAAGACCUUGUGUAGUUCUUUUUGCAAUGACUUAUUUAUUGAAUCUAUUUAUAUUUAUUUAAUUUUUACUCUGAAGUAUAUCUGGUUACAAUUGCACUUGCUUAAAGCACAUCAGAUCUAUUUUGGACAAUACCCCUGACCAUUCUAAAACUGGAAAAGGAAAAGUUACACUGUAUCCUGCCAUCUUAUGGUAGCCUUGUCUUUAAAGGGUGAAUAAUUUGGUCUGGGUAAAAUAUUAAUUUUUAGAUGAUUUUUUAAAAAAUCUUGUGCCAUGUGUCUUCUCUGUGAAUAGUUAAUUGUUUAAUUGAUAUGUGCUGAUUGUGUGAUUCACUCCUCUUUGUGGAAACUAAAAUAUUCUUUUUAGCUUUAUAUUUUAUAAACUGCCAGAUUGUACAACUUUUAUGUGUAUUUUUAAAGCUCAUGAUAUGAGAAUCAUUAAGUUAAACGGCCUAUUUUUUUACCUCUUGUACAGUUUUAUAAUUCUGCUCAUCAAUGAAGGCAACUUAUGCUGAGCCAAAACCACAAAUAAAGGUAGUUUUAGAUUUGGGA